CUUCACUCUAACAUAGUAAAAGAAUUCAGUUAUGCCUCAGCGAGUGCCUUUCACUAAAAGAACGAUUUCAGCGUUUAUUUUCCUCGGAAUUAUCUGGGGAACUUUUCCUUUGGUGAUACACUGUGCAAUUCGUUUCAUCUGUGGCAGAGAUUCACCAGCACUUAUUUUUGUCUUUCGUACUCCAGGAGCCGUUGUUCUCUAUGUUGGCUCGUUUGUAUUCCUCUCGCUUGGAAGCACCAAUAACAGGGAGUUACUCCUUAACAACUUCAAAAUCGCGAGGAAUUACUGGAUGUUUGCUGUAAUGGGUUUGAUUCAGUUAGCUCUACCUUACAUUCUAUUUACGUACGGAUUGAAAGUCUUGAGCCUAACAACUGGUGGUGUCUUCAUUACAUCAGUUCCGCUGUUCUCCAUAGUGUUAGAGAGGUUGCCUUUUGUACAGAGCACAUACAUGUACUCGAUAUCCAAAUGCAAGCUUGCUGCAGUAUUGUCUAUUGCUCUAGCUGGAAUUACUAUGGUCUCAGCAGUAGGCAUGAACUUGGCACAAGAUUGCGGCAGUUACUGUGACCAGAGAGAAGAAAAACCUGAGGAAGAUACCUCCCCAGAGGUGGCAUUAAGGAACAGCAAUUUUAGGAACUUACAGACAAACUUACCUCGCACAGUGCAAAGAUCUUGCACUCCAUUCUCAGUCAUGGAAUUAACAGGAUCUUUACUGGCCCUUAUAGCAGGAUCCAUCUCAUGGUCAAUAAGCUCAAUAUUUUGGCACUCCAACAGAGGAAAUAUUCAUUCAGUUAGUGGCGGUAUUGGUAGCAAUAUUUUUGGAGGAAUGUUUGGUCUUGCAUUAUUUUUUGUGAUUCAUCAUGGAGAUUGUAAGAUCAACUGGAACUGGAGUGAUCCUAAAUCCAUUUUUUACUGCAUACUUUUCCUUGUGGUGAUGUCUGACUGGCCAAUAAGUUUUGUGUCAGAUUUUAUAAGAAGAGAAAUUGGUGCUGUGGUAGUAAAUCAAGCUCUGUGCCUUGUACCAUUGAUAGCUUUGUCAGAGGACUGGUUGUUUGUUCGACGACCGGAGGCAGUCAAUGCUUUACCAUACACAUCUAUAAUUAUGGAAAUUAUUGGUGUUGUGUUUGUGGUUUCAGCUGUUGCUAUCUCCACUGUAGAAUUUACAUGUAACAAUCGUGAAAGCGCCAUCCGUUCACCACUCUUAAGUGAACUUAGUAUGCAGAAGACUGUGGAAACGUCAUAUUUCCUGAACGUUCGUCAAAUUGAAGACAGCAUGACCUCUAGUUACCUUGAACAGCUGCGGUCAAACUCUGGUAAAAGUGAUCCCUUCCCUCCCCUGGUGGAGAUUUCAGACCAUUAGCGCACAUCAGCAACAUCCACAACAAAUUCAUCCUCACAAAAACAUGUUUGCAGUCAGUUCUUCUUAACUGCUUACUAAAAGGUUGCAUUGACGGCAAUAUACAUCCGCACGUACUUUAAUUUCUCUUCUACAAUCUUCUCUGUUGCAUCUGCGACUCGCUUCAUACGUGGAUUGUCAGGGAUCAAACAAAAUAUCUUAAUUUAGUAUAUAAAUAGUGUUUUCCGCGCACGCUUAUUGGUUAGUUCAUAAGUGAUUAUUAUGCACUGUUCACCUCCGAGCAGCCGGAGACACGAAUCCCGCGUCAAGAGUUCAAUUUCGACCAUUUUCAGUAUAUAUUGACCAAAAUAAACUCAUGUUUGGUUCGUGUACGUUACACACUAAAACAGUAACCUGCUUCAGUGUCGGUGAACGUGGUGGAUAUUGACCUCCACUUAGAUUAAUAUUUGUCAAUUAUUUCUAAGAAUAUUUCCGUACUCUAAGGAGUUACGCCGGUCAAGAUUUUUAGAGUCAUGUAAGCUCUCUAAAGUGUUGUCUUAUGGAAUCAAAAUUUAAAAAAAAAAACUAAAGAAGUUAUAUUAAAUCACGAAAGAACGUGGAUAAUUGGCGAACGAAAUUGGGAUAGCCUACUACUCCAAGAGUUAAUUUCUUUUCUUAAGGUUAGUAUCGCACACUACUGGGAGUUUUUGCUUAGUUUUCGCAUGCUUAUAAUUUUCCGGCUCACUUGACGAAGAAAGCUUGGAGCUGGUAGGUUAUUGACUGUUUGGUCGUGUUCUAUAAGUAUUAACCAUUCAACUGCAGGUGAAAAGGAGUCGAUGUAUCUUAACAUAACCUUACCAGCUUUCUCUGAGUGGACUAGACGAUGCAUAACAACACAGUAUUUGGUUCUCGUCCAGUUGUGCUCUUCCCAUUAUCGGAACUUUAGGCGAUUGCCAUAGUGCACGACCUUACAUUUGUUUUACGUUGGGCUCAUGAAUUGCAGCGUAUUUUAUAACUACAGUGAUCUUAAGGCAAUAUUUUAUUUUCACACAGUGUAUCAAUUAAAUCUUAUUGAAAUCGCAAAAUAUGCAAAAAGGACUAAGUUAUUUUCCAAUAAGAAGUGGAGCUACUUGUAGGAUGUGUACUUUGUAGCUUUUUCUUCCGUUUGUAUGGUUGUCAUUCAGACCAAAUAUUUAGUUUGUAACGUAAUUUAUCUGACAAAAAUAUUAGAUUUCAGGAAAUUGAAAAAAAAAGACUUUUUUCCUUCUGUGAUACCUCAGGCCUUGUGUAAAAAUUUAUUGAAAAUUUAAUAAAAGAUAAUGGAAUAAAUUAAUAAAAUGCGACUAUUUAUUUCAUACUUUUUCGAUACUGAUUGAUGCGUUGGCGCGCUGCUCACUGGAGCCAGCGAAAGGUCUUGGCUGUAGUUUUGGUCGGGUCAAUACAGCGUGUGAUUUAUUUAGCAGUGAUAUCGAUGACUUGCUCUUAGCCAGAAGAACAGUCGGCAAAGAGAUCACCUAAGACCUGUUCAAAGAAAGGGGACAGGUUAUGUUGAAACUGCAGCAUUGUUACGAGUUGUCGAUGUAGAGCAGGGUUGUUCCUAGACAAAACUCAUGAUCGCCGGUAACAGCAACAAACUGAUUUAUUUCCACGUAGUUGACUUCUUGUCUUUACAGCACUAAGCUUCUUCACAAAUCUCUCUCUCUCUGUUUGAUGAAACUAUCGCCCUUAUAUACAUAAAGUUCAAGGAUCUAGAAACUUCUUUAAAGAACUAAAUUUAGUAGAUUAACACGGUUUCUAAAUUUGAAUAAUUACAUAAGAAAUAGAACGUUCCAGAAUGUUCUUAUACCAGAAGGUCACGUCUGGAUGACUUCGGGUUCUAGACUGUUCUAUAGAAUGUUCUGGGACUUCACUUGGACAAUUUUUCGUAACAAGCAUAAAGCUCAUCGAGCUUCAACCACACUUCGUCAGGGUUCUGUUGUUACACUCGAUCUGAGAACGACUUCACAAAAUAUCAUUAAACCAAUUCCUAGUGAUCCGACCAGCCUUGCGUGCACGAAACAUAAGAUAACACUGGCCUCAUGUCCAUCGCAAAAGUCAUUUGUUUUGAAAAUUGCGAUGCAAAUCAGGCUUCGCAGCUUGUGCGCCCUUUUGUUGAACUAUAAUAUUUAGACUUGGUAAUUGGUAUCUGGCGAGCUCUUUGUACAAGAUCAGGCGUCACUAGUAGACGCCUGAUUUAUUUCGUGUCAACGCGUAUUCAAGAAGCCGGACGGACAGUUGAGUGCGGAUACCUAAGGUGCAGUUUCGAAAAGUAAAUGAGCCCAAGGGAACUUUGCAAACCCCCCGAAAGGAAAAUUACAUUCUCGGUACAGAAUGCGCGUUGCUUAAGUUAAAACGAUUCGAGACCGCGGGUGCCUCAGAUAGUCUUUAGGAUCACAAUCACCUAUCUGAGAUAUAAAAAAGUGCAGAUGGACCAGUACGAGCAAACGGCAGAAACCCUCCAGAAGGUAUUGUAAAAGAGGCCAUGGAGUCCAAUAUUUCGUAGAGCAUCCUGAUAUUAGCAUCGAUAUAGUUAUUAAAGGAUGGAUCAUAACAGCAAUUAGAAAUCUCAAGAUGGGAGAUAUCAUGGACAGCAGUUGAUUUAAUGCAGAGCUUACAAUAGAACUGUUACUCCCACUCUUCGCCAAGGUGUGAACUGAUGAUCAGAACACGGCCAAUUCAAGUGACUAGACCAGGCGAAAAUUGAAUCUUUUUUUUAUCUCAAAGCGUAUGCACUAAAAGCAGUGAUUUUACAGAAGAAAUUUGCAAUGGACGUCGCCUGGUGUGUAUUAAAUUUCAAGUUCUUAAAGCAAAAUUUGUGCAAAACUGCAUACGUCUGUAGCGCAAUGUGUUGAUAGGGUGUGAAAGAGACUUCGUUAUUAUCAAAGUGCAAUGCCAGCAUAUUCAUAAGCACCUCGUAGAUCAUAAAGGCAUAUUUUAGUCAAAUUAAACUUUCUCCCAACAAGUUGUCAAUCAGACAGGUGAUGAAGACAAAGAAACCAUCAACUGGGGUAAUUAAUUCCGAAUUUUCAGACCACGCAGAGUCGCAGCAAUAAACAUUAAGAACUUGAAUUCAUGUACUUAGAAAAGUUAUGUAGCAUAUAUCGAUGAUUUUUUAAAACUGCAAACAGAAAACAUUUUACCACGUGAACUAUGAUUUUAUUAUGAUCAAUUGAAAUUUUAAAAUUUAAUGACUUGGAAUCAGCUGCCUAUUGAAAGCCCUCUCUUGUAAGUGUAAUUAGAAUCGCACAUCAGAUAUUUUGUCUAUUUUUGCCAGUCUAAACCAGCUAUUUCGCUUUUUUAUUUAUAGGGAUAAUAAAAAUAAUAAAUAACUUCAAA